CUUCCGGAAUGCGCCUGUUAGUUGCCUAGCGCAGUCAUCAGCCUUCUCAUCUCUUCCCUUGGCGUUCUUCUCCCCGAUUCGGCAAAAUGGAGAACUCUGAAUCUGACGUUCCUUCUCUGGUUUGGCUCAAUAUAGGAGGGAAGAAAUAUUGCACCACAGUCAAUACCUUGACAGAGCGGGAGCCCGAUUCAAUGCUUGCGGCUAUGUUCAGCGGUCGCCAUACUCUGUGCCGCGACCCUGAGAAGGGAUAUGUCUUUAUUGAUAGGGAUGGAAGGCACUUUCGGCACAUCCUUAAUUGGUUGAGGGAUGGAGCAGUGCCCACACUAAAGGAGUAUGAAUAUACAGAAUUGUUGCGGGAGGCAGAAUACUAUCAGCUGCUUGGGCUAAUAGAUGGAAUACAUGCUGUCAUUAAUAAGAGGAAGGAAGAUGAUGAACUACAUACAGAGUUGGCACGGACUGAUAUCAUCAAGUGUAUACAAUCAGAGAGAGUCAGGUUUCGGGGGGUAAAUCUCUCUGGCCUUGACCUAUCUAAACUGGAUUUAUCAAAUGUGGAUUUCAGCUAUGCUUGUCUUAAAAAUGUCUUCUUUUCACGCGCAAACCUUCAAUCUGCAAAAUUCCGGGAUGUUGAUGCCGAGUCCUCCAACUUUCACAAUGCAACUUUGCGUGAAUGUGAAUUUAUUGGGGCAAAUCUUCGUGGAGCUUUAUUAGCUGGUGCUUUCCUUCAGAGUGCAAAUCUACAAGAUGCCUGUCUAAUAGAUUGUAGCUUCUGUGGAGCUGACCUGCGUUCUGCACAUCUACAGAAUGCAGAUCUUACUAACGCCAAUCUAGAGGGAGCUGUCCUGGAAGGAGCAAAUUUGAAGGGUGCAAAGUUGAAUAAUGCAAAUUUGAAGGGUGCAAACCUUCAACGAGCUUAUCUGCGUCAUGUUGACCUUCGAGACACGCAACUGGAAGGUGCAAAGCUUGAUGGUGCCAAUUUGCUCGGAGCAAUCAGAUAACACUUGGGCAGCAGCUGAGUAGAGUUUGGAAGUUGAGCCAAGGAUUUACGAUGUCAUUGUCACAUUUUGUGUCAGAACCAUCCUGUGUUUGUCCUCCCUUUAUCUUCUAACGCAACAACGCGGUACUCCUGUGACAAUAAGGAAUGGUUAUUGAUUGUUAACAACCAUUAUAUUUUAUGCUAGUGUAUAGCUGUUGGUGCAUGAUUGUGCUGGUCAGUUUCUUUUGGGAAUUCAUGUGAGAUUUGUACCUAUGUCCAACAGCUUAUUGACAUUUGCAUAUAAUGUAAAUGUUCUUCUUUUUCCAUUUUGGGACCGAAUGUAAAUGAUAUUUUCAAAGCAUCAAUUAAUUUGAAUUAGAGUUGAGACUUGCGUCA